AUGUUCAGAUGGAGCUCAACCAGUUUAACAGGCGAUAAACGCUCCAUUGCACAAAGCUACCGCUCCACCUGGUGGGCACACGGCGGCUCUGAGGAGCGCGGGGAGCCUCGGCCGGCGCCGCUCCGGCCGCAGAGACCCCGCCUGCGACCCGAGCAAUUCAACCCACAGGCUUUCCCCCGCCCAUCGCAGCCCCGUUUUACUGGACAAAACACUCUUAUUGUGUGUUUUUCAGUGGGAUAUUCUGCAGUUGCUCUUAAUCAUGUCAUCGAUUUUAAAGAAAAGAAACAGGAAAUCAUCAAGCCAGUAUCUCCUUCAGAGUUGUUUCCAUCUUUGCCUAUUGUACAAGGGACAUCUAAAAGAAUUAAAGUCUUAACCCGGCUAACACUUGUUGUUUCUGAUCCUUCCCACUGUAAUCUCUUGAGAUCAACAUCUGCAAAUAUAAGGUUAUAUGACAUCAUAGCAGUAUUUCCAAAGACUGAGAAACUGUUCCAUAUAGCUUGCACAACUCUAGAUGUGGAUCUGGUAUGCAUAAAUGUCACAGAAAAGCUGCCGUUCUACUUCCGAAGGCCCCCUGUGAAUAUGGCAAUAGAUCGAGGCAUUUACUUUGAACUUCUUUACACGCCUGCCAUCAAAGACUCCACAAUGAGAAGAUACACAAUUUCCAAUGCUAUCAGCCUGAUGCAGAUCUGCAAAGGAAAGAACAUAGUUAUAUCUAGUGCAGCUGAAAGGCCUCUAGAACUACGAGGUCCUUAUGACGUGGCUAAUCUAGGUUUGCUGUUUGGCCUGUCGGAAAGCGAAGCAAAGGCAGCUGUGUCCACCAACUGCAGAGCCACCAUGCUUCAUGGAGAAACUCGGAAGACUGCCUGUGGGGUGGUGUACACAGUGAAGAAGCCUCGCAAGGUUGAGGAGGAGGAAACAACAGUGCCAGCCUGCAAAAAAGCUAAGACUCAAGCUUGAGGACUGAAACAACUGUCAACAGGAGCCUCUUCUUUACCUAGUGUUGAGUCUUCCUCCACCCUCCAGCCCAAGUCCUCCCUUACUACUUUGUUUAGCCUGGAGAAGAAUUAUUCCUCUGGUGUUCAAGUGAGGAAAGCUGUGUGAAUGAGACUGCUGAAUGUUAGUUCACCACAUCUGAAAGGUCAUGCUGGGCUUCUGGCCAGGAGACUGACUCUUCACCUGGCCUUAGGUCUCCUGGAAUUAGUGCAAAGUCAAUGGAACAUUUCUAACAUGGAAAUUUUCACUUGUACAUGUGCAUUCCUUUUUUAUUAAAAGUGUUUCUAAGAACACAUGCCUUCAUA